UAAAAGACCUCCGCUCCGCUGCCGGCGCACCAUAACUGCACUGCGACCUGCAGAGGUUACUUGUCAUCCAAUUCAGAAUGAAGGCUACUUUGCUGCUUGUGGCAGCCGUUGGCUUGGCUGUUCCAAUCAGGUCAUUUGAAGUCAAAGUCGUCGGCGAUGAAAAUCAAGGAAUUUUCACGAAAAUAAUUAAGGACGACCCAGGAUCAACGAGCAACGUCGCACCGUAUAGUUCAGAUGCAGAACCAACUUUCUACGACGCGCAGGGCAGACAGUCUAACCGGAGACUUCAAACGCAGAGUGGUAGUUACCUAGAACAACCAAAUCGAUACCAGAACCAAUUUAGCUCCGGAAAUCAAUUCAAUUUUGGCAAAAAUAAUUUCCAGCCUCAAGGCAAUCGACUUACUUCCGGGUUCUCUUCUCACCAAGUCAAGUAUGACAAUUUUGGAAACCCCAUCAGACAUCAAUUUGGCACUCAAAACCAAUUCACUCAACCUUCCGGUGGUAGAUUCUCAGGGAAUCAAUUCACAACAGCUCAACAGCAAAACGCACAGUUUGGAAAUACUUUUAAACAAAAUCAGAUAGCUUCUGGACUCCUAAGUGGCCAACCAUUUGGUAACACCUUCAGUCCUACCAACCAGCAGUUUAGUUUCCCUCAAAAUCAAGCCGCAGGUGUUCAGGGCUCCACCCCAUUCGUAGGUCAGCAGGCAGCCAUUCUUUCUGCUCAGCAGCAUGCGUUGUCUGGAAGUCGUUUCCAACAUCAACAUACGGGACUCUCUGCUCAGACAGGAGCUGGUAGCUCGUUCGCGCAGCUGCCCUCAGGCCAGUUCGGGCAAUCGCAACCAUCAAGUCAAUUCGCUGGGCCCACUACCAGCCAAUUUGCUCAGCCAAGCCAAUUUGGUCAACCAAGCCAAUUUGGUCAACCGAGCCCAUUUGCUCAACCGAACCAAUUUGCUCAACCAAGCCAAUUUGCUCAACCGAGUCAAUUUGCUCAACCGAGCCAAUUUGCACAGCAAAGCCAAUUUGCUCAGCCAUUUGGACAGCAACAACCUAGUCAAUUCGGAAGCACACUAACUGGCCAGAACGCGCAGUCAAACCAAUUUCCCCGAACAUUCAGUCCAUUCGGUCAACAAGCAUCAAACCAAUUGAGCCAAGCCCCGUUUAGAGCCCAAAACUCUAGCCCAAUACGUCAGGUCAACCAAUUCAAUCAAAGAGACAAUCCGUUUGGAAACCAGCCUCUUGGACUCCAGCCGGGGUCUCCUUCUUUCGGCAACCAGUUCAGCCAACAAGCAAAUUUCCAGAGCUCGGGAGUCCCUCUAGCAGGAAGCAGCAUCGCUGGUCAGCAACAGGCUGCGCCCUUUGGAAGCGUUCAGCAGCCGAAUAAUUUUGCGGGAUGAAGCCGUCCUUAAUUACUCUCCGUUAAUCACUUAGAAUUAAGCAUUAAUUACUUUCCAAAGCGGAAGAAUGUCAUCAUAAAAUUCGGGCUGUAAAAGACUGCGUAGAAUUGAUCAAAAGUGGGUUACCCUCAAGAAAACUAAUCAUAAACCUUUGUACCAUUUAUAUUUUCCUGCAAUUCUAUUUAAUUUACUCACUUGAGAAUAUAAAAGUUUGUUCAUAAAUUUUAGAGUAUAAAAUCGCGCUCAACAUCAAAAACACUGAGCUCGACAAAGUAGAAAGGAGCGUUAUAAUUUUCGACUUGUAUACUAUUGAUCAAAAUGAAUUUAUUACCUAAUAAUAACCUAUUUAUUUAUUUGUAAGGAGAGAUCAAAGUGUAAGGUUCAACUGUAAUAAAAUAUUCGGGUUUUUAGAACCGAUUUACAGCUUUUAGAUCAACACUAGAAAAAUCAAGUAAUUAUUUUCCAGCCCAACAACUUAUUAGAACUUAACUCAUCAUCAAUACGGAACAGAACCAAUAUAUACACGAAAAUGAUCUAAAAAAAGAUCAACACAAAAUUCAAGACCAACCCAUAGACGAUGUCGUGAUCGAAGUAAAGUAAACAUGAACAAAUUUCAUAAUUAUAAAAGUAGAUUGGUUGGAAACGAAUUUCUGUUGUGGUUGUGAGAAAAAUAAAAUAUUAAGCCACCCAUUAAAGUACAAUAAAAGCAGAAUCUGUU